UUGCUGCCUUUCCUCGUCACUCUCUCUCUCUCUCACCUCCUCCAUCGAUCCAAGCACGAAACCGCCCAGAAACCUACUGCCCUCUUCACACCUAGCUAGAGCUAGUGUGAUUAACCAACGGGUUCUCCCCCCGGCCUACCCAACAAUUCGAUUGAUCCAUGGAGGGGGGCAGCAACAGCCCGGACGGGCAGUCGUCGGGCGGCAGCCCGGAGGAGAGCGGGAGCAGCGGAGGGAGGGGGGCGGGGGAGCCGGUGCGCUCGCGGUGGACGCCCAAGCCGGAGCAGAUACUCAUCCUCGAGUCCAUCUUCAACAGCGGCAUGGUCAACCCGCCCAAGGACGAGACCGUCCGCAUCCGCAAGCUGCUCGAGCGCUUCGGCGCCGUCGGCGACGCCAACGUCUUCUACUGGUUCCAGAACCGUCGUUCCCGCUCACGCCGCCGCCAGCGCCAGAUGCAGGCCGCUGCCGCAGCAGCAGCAGCCUCCUCGGCUGCCGCCGCAAAUAGCUUGCCGGCUGCUAGCGCCACCAUCGGUCUUCCAUCUGGCACCUGCUCCGUUCACCCCAUGGCAAUCGGCGGGGGCGCGAGCCAGUACGAGCAGCAGGCGACCUCGUCGUCCUCGUCUGGAAGCACGGGAGGCUCGUCGCUGGGGCUGUUCGCGGCGCACGGCGCUGGGGUGUCGGGUGCCGGCGUUGGGUACCUGCAGGCAUCGUGCGGGACAUCGUCGCCGCUGGCGUCAGGGCUGAUGCCGGACGUCGACAGCGGCGGCAGCGACGAUCUCUUCGCCAUCUCGCGUCAGAUGGGAUUCGUUGGGAGCCCCGCCGGAUCCUCCUCGGCGGCGCCGAACACCGCCGUGCAGCAGCAGUACUACUCGUGCCAAUUGCCGGCAGCGACGAUCACGGUGUUCAUCAACGGAGUCCCAAUGGAGGUCCCGAGGGGUCCAAUAGACUUGCGAGCCAUGUUUGGCCAGGACGUGGUGCUCCUCCACUCCACCGGGACCCUCCUCCCAGUCAACGACUAUGGCAUUCUGAUUCAGAGCCUGCAAAUGGGAGAAAGCUAUUUUCUGGUCUCGAGGCAAGCUUAAAAGUCCCGUAUAUAAUAGAUACAUAGAGAUCUCUACUCAAGUCUCACUGGAUCAGAUCGAUGCAUGGGGCGACAGGACGCAGUUCUUCAAUCAUCAUAACGGGAUGAUCUCUUGCAUGCAGAUCAUUUAUCCAUCGAGAAGCAAGCUAGCUACAGUACCACCUGGCUAGGAUAAAUCAAGUAAUUAAAAGUUUAAAACAGUGGUAGUAUAUGUGUAUUGCACCAUCAGCCAAGUGCUACGUACCUACUUAUAUGCCAUUGAAACAUACCAAGGCGUGGACGGUUCGGUUUCUGAUUAGAUUACGAAUUACAAUGGAUUGUCUUCACAUCGAUCAUUUCCGUUAGUACACAAGGAUAUGCGUGUGCAUGCAUGCAUGCCAUUGACAGUCGAGCUAAAUAUUGAUUUCAGCUACCUAGUAUCGUACUAUCAGUGAUGUAA